AUGCUUGUUCUCAUUAGUGGUGAGCAAGAAACAUAUAUUCGUGAUGACACAUCCACAAUCGCUGUGAUCAGUGACUAUCAAAAUCGACAUCACCUUGCGGUCACGUUGUUCGCAGAUUCUCUCUAUCUUAUACGUAUUCACUUAGAUUGUCCUCGACAAUAUGGUAGUGAUUCACCUGGUACUGACUGCAAUAUUGCUCAUCGUGUGGAUGUAUGGAUUGAUCUUAAUAAUGACGGAAACUUUGAUGAAUCCGAGAACCAAGUUCAUCGUCGGUCGCCAAUCGACAGUGAAACCAGAGUAAAUGGAUAUGAUUUGACAAUUUUUAUACCUCAAAUUGAUGGGACCAAUACAAAAGCUGGACAUCAUCGUAUGCGCCUAAGUGUAAUGCGAAGCGAAGAUUAUCAAAGACAAUGUGGAAGCACGGACUACAGUGAAACACGAGAGUAUACAGUCAAUAUUGUUCCAAGGAAAACGUGUGCAGGUAAAAUUUGUACAUUUAUUGACAAGAGAAAGUUCAGUUGUAAUUUAACAUGUGAGAUCAUUUUUAUUUCAACGACAGCUUGA